AUGAACGGGACCCACCGUCACCAUCUCCUUCAACUAGUCUUAUCCUGCCGUAAAAUCACGGCGCAAGUGACUCAACCAGGAACCUCCACCAUCAUAGCCAUGGCUUCCUCCUCCGAGCAAGAGUUCCUUGCCAAGAGCCGCGCUAAUCUCUACCGGUUCCCUCGUUCCAACAACUUUUGGGACUCGAAGACGGCCUCUCGCGUCGGCGAGAAGCUUGGUCUGCGUCUCAGAGAGCUUGGUGUUGACGCAGUCUCUAUUGAUGCGGAGGAAGAGAUCUCGCGACCCGUUCACCACCGUAAAAGGGUUUUGCCGUUGUUUGAUUCCGUUCGUCGCAGUGGAAUCAUAGUCGAUGGAACUGAGCAGUUAAACGAUGUCGUUCCCAGAGAUUGA